AUGAGGCUCCUAGUCUUGUCCGUAGUGUUAAGCUUAUUGUGCAGAGAAGCAAAGCUAGUUUUGGGUGAUAUCGGCACGGCAACUUCUUAUCGUCCUCCUUAUAUACCUACAGGGUGCUUCGGAAACCAGCAAGACCAGUUCCCUCCAGGGAACCUGUUUGUGGCGGUGAGUGAAGGGUUAUGGGACAAUGGUGCUGCCUGUGGAAGGCGGUAUAGACUGAGGUGCCUGAGUGGCCAUAAAAAGCCUUGCAAAGGUGGUGCUACUGUGGACGUGAAGGUGGUGGAUCUUUGCCGAAGAUCACCUUGCCCUUCUACCAUAGCCAUGUCAACUGAUGCUUUCGCAGCCAUCUCACGUUCUCCUUCAACAAAAAUCAAUGUUGAAUAUAUCCAGAUAUGA